AUGACUGCCGAAAAAAAUAAACUACAACUUCCAAAUAUUAAAGAUUUUAUUUUUCUAAAGACCAUCAGUCGAGGUGGUUAUGGACGAGUUUAUUUAGCGACAAAGAAAACUGAUGAAAAUAAAACAAAAUAUGCCAUUAAAGUUAUUAAUAAACAUGAUAUACGAAGAAAAAAUUUAAUUGAUCAAAUUCUCAAUGAACGUGAUGCAUUAGCUACAAUGCAUAGUCAAUUCGUUGUUCGCUUGUUUUAUUCACUACAAUCCAAAGAUGAAAUAUACUUAGUUAUGGAAUAUAUGAUCGGCGGCGAUCUCAUGUCAUUUCUAUGCAUAAAACAAGUACUCGAACGACACGAAGCACAAUUUUAUGCUGCUGAAAUUGCACUUGCACUCGAUUAUUUACAUCGAAAAGGAGUUAUUCAUCGGGACUUGAAACCGGAUAAUGUUUUAAUAUCAUCGACUGGCCAUAUAAAAUUAACUGAUUUUGGAUUGUCAGAAAUUCGAAACAGACGCAAAGUAUCAGUGGCCGAUGUGAUUGGUACUCCAUCUGUCUGUAAAGUACGUGUAUUUCGUACGCCUGGUCAAAUCAUUUCACUCACAUCAGACUUCAGUUUUUCAUCAAGUGAUUCAGAUUCCGAUCAUUUACACAUCUCAACAUCAACACAUAGCAAUCCAGCUAGUGGAACAUCCAAUGAUAAUGUGUCCAUUAACAAUAGUUUUCAUCGUUCAUUUUCAAAUUCACGUGCUAUUGAUUGUAGUCUACGAGUUUAUCGACAACCGUUACCUUUGUGUAUACCGGAAAAUGAGCCGAUCUCAUUCAGACAUGACGAUAUCGAUGAACAUGAUGAUACAAGUACAAGCAAUCUAUCCGAUUUUUUAUUCUGCAGUCCAAAAGGACGAUCACCCACCACACUACAAACUGUUAAACAGCAGCCUCGUGUCUAUCCAAAAACGAUAUCGAGAUUACUUGCAUCAUCACCAGCGCAUCAAAGUCAAUUUCGUUUAUUUCGUGGUAUGGGUCCAGCUUUAAAUACAGCAAGUGCACUAGCUGUGCCAACAUCAGCUUCGCCAUGUCUAUCACCGAUUCGUUAUUCACUUGAUAUAUCAUCGAUUAAUCAGCUUCAAUCGAUUCAUAUAGACGAAGAACCCAUAGAAGCCUUGCAACAACCUAUUCUUCGUCCACAACUAAUCGAUGACUCUUCAAUGAAGUCGGUAUGUCGAGCGCAAAAUGUAUCCAGCGGUCGGAUAUUAACCGAUGUGACGAACAAUACAUCAGUUCGAAGUAGUUUUUUCAAAUCACCAACACAUCUAGCUGCUUCCGGGCCUAUUUUGGGUACACCUGAUUAUCUUAGUCCCGAAAUAUUAAUGCAAGAUGAAAAUCAUACUUCAGCUGUUGAUUUUUGGGCACUUGGUGUGUGUCUGUUUCAAUUUCUUGUUGGUGUAACACCAUUUUCGGAUGAUUGUCCACGUGCGAUCAUAUCGAAUAUUUUAAAUAAUCGUAUCGCAUGGCCCGAUGAUGAUGAAAAUGAAUUAGACGAAGAUUCAAUAAAUGUAAUUAAAGGUCUACUGAGUUACGAUCCGAGUUUACGACUUCAAUUAGAUGAUCUGAAAAAAGAGGUGUUUUUUAAUGGAGUUGAUUGGGAAAAUCUUAUGAAUAUACAGCCACCCUUUAUUCCAGCGCCUGAUAAUGAUUCAGAUACAUUUUAUUUUGAAGCUCGUAACCGAGCCAUCGGUUUCGAUGACGAAUCAGUCGAUAAUUAUUCGAUGCUUUAG